AUGAAGGAAGCUUCUAUUAAUAGUGUUCCCAGUCCUGAUAUUGAAAAAAAGCUAACCACUAGCAAUGAAGAGUUUAUUGCAAAUGAUCAAGAAAUAGUUGACGAAGCUUUAGAAUCGGCCCAAGUUCAAAAAGACAUGCCUUUGACAAGCUCAAAAUCAGAUAAUAUGCCUACAAAUAUAUUACUUGAAUCAUUAUCAUCAAAUGAACAAGCCACUCAUAUACCAAAUAUGAAUAUUAGCCAAGAAAUAAUUGACGAGCCAAAAGAAAUUAACAUUAAUGAACCACCAUCUAAAAAUGAAAAUAUUGAUCAAACUAAUAAUACGGAACUUGAUUCUUCCGGUAUUCAAGUCAAUAAUGCAAAUAUUUCUACAAAAACAUCUGACCUUUACGAGUCGCAAAACAAUAACGUUAAUGUUAAUAAUGACAAUAACGUUAAUAAUUCUGAUAAUUCUGAUAAUUCUAAUAAUAAUGUUAAUAACGUUAGCAACAACAUCGACAUCAACGACAAUAAUAAUUACAAUUCUGAAGAGUUUAUGAGAUUUGAAUAUGGACAAACUUUACAACAACCAAGUUCCAAUAUUACUAAUUCUAUUUGGAAUUCCCAAAAUAAUAAUAAUAAUAAUACUAUAGAUAAUUUAUCUGGUAAUACUGAUCAAAUUAUUGAUAAAGAACAUCACUAUAGGUUUCAUAAUCACUAUUCUCCAAAUUCCCAAAUAGAAAAUGAAAAUAAUAAUAGUAAUAAUAAUAAUGAUAAUAAGGCCCCAUUUAGCUUGCGUAAAUUAACAGAUGCUGAAUUCCAAGCUCUGCCAUCGGGAUCUCGUUUAUUUUUGGGAAAUUUAUCCACUCAUUCAACUUCCAAAAAAGAGCUUUAUGAUGUCUUUUCCCCUUAUGGUGAAGUUUUUCAAAUAUCUAUUAAAAACAGUUUUGGUUUUAUCCAAUAUGAUAAUCCUGAGAGAUUGGAAAUUUCUCAUGGUAAGCCACGUCACCAUUCACCAAAUCAAGAUAUCGGAACUAAACCUAAUUUUGGGCGUCGUCAUGAAAAACGUUGGAACCAAAAAAGUGGAAAUAAAAACAAUUGGCAUAACAUCAAACGAGAAUAUUCACCUGUCCGGGGACAUAAUACUCAAACUCGUAGUGAUCGUCAUUACAAUAAGGAGGACAAUGAAAGAGGAAAUUAUCAUGAUCAAAGGACCAAUAAUAGAUCUAAACCAUAUAGAAUUCCCAAUAGAGAUUAUUUAGAACGUAAACAAAGUCGUGAUAAUAGGCCACAAUCACAGGAUAGGACCAAUGAUGAAUUUCCUUUACCUAGAAGACAAGGUAAUGAGGUACCAGAAUGUCAAAUAAUUGCUCUCGAAGAAAUUGACCGGAAUUAUUUGUGGCAAGUGGAGCAUGCAUUCAAAGAAGCAAAUAUUACUGUUCAUACACUUCAUUUGUCUAGAAAACUUCAAAUCCAAGCAGUUGUUCGUCAGAUGAUUGUAGAGGGUGUUCGUGCAGUCAUAUUUUUGGAAAGAAAUCUUGCAAUUAAUGGUAGGGUCAAUAUGCAAAUAUUUGAACAUCAACGUUCUCAAGACAAUGUAAAAUACGAUGAAUAUAACAAUAUUAAAUUAGGAGAGGCAGUUGGAUUGUUGUUGCGAGCUCGUGCUUUAUCAGUUUCAUCAGUUCCUGUUAACAUUCGACCUCCAGAUAAUAAUAAUAUUUUAAUGACCGGCCAACAAAUUUUAUCCCCAACGCAACAAACUGUUCCAAUUACAGAGCAACUAAAUGCAGCAGCAAAUAUUAGUCCAAUUUCAUUGAAUAAUGUUAAUUUUGCUGCACUCGCCAAUUUGCUUGGAAUACCACCUAUGCAAGUAAUCCCACCUGGAACUAAUUUACAACAUCAGCCAGGUUUUAUGCCUAUACAGUCACAUGAUUUUGAUGUACAACGAAUACUUGGAAAUUUACCUGCAAACACUUCUGCAAUUCCAAAUCAACAACCAUAUAUGCAGAUGCCCCCACAUAAUCUUGCACAACAGCCUGCUCCUUAUAAUGCUUCAAUGGCUAAUCAGCCUAAUGUUGGCAGUCCAAAUGUUAUGCCCCCUAAUACUCUUCCUCAACAUCAAUCCCAACAUGCCGUGCCAAAUUUACAACAGUUCCCUAAUCAAAUUCCUGGUAGUUCUAAUGUAUCAGAUCUUAUGGCACAAUUCAAUAAUUAUAAUAACCAACGUUAA